CCCAACUCGUCAUUGAUCACUCCGGCCGCCAACGCCAUUGAACAACCGUCGAUAUUUUACAUUUUUCCUCCCCAUAGACUCUGCCGGGGGCGAACUUUCUCUGGGAAAGAUGCUUUCGCAGUCAGCUUUGUCAAUGCUGCUGGACCUACUGGUCUCCAUCAGCCUCGGCCAACACACUGGAAAAGGAUCGACGCUCAAUCUCAAGGAAAUUGUUGUCGGCCGGUGUUGGGACUACCAACGAGUGAUAGGGAUGGAGCCUGGCAGACCCCACAACCCUGUGGACUGUGCUAAAGCUUGGGCAGUCUUCACGGACGCCUUUGCCCACAAGGACCCUUGUGAAACGCCACCGGACGCUUUCAGUCAGUUUGCACACAUGAUGACAGUGAGCCUUCCAAAAGAUGGCACCAUGUUCUGGUCUGGCACCAAAGAUGUUGCCUUGACAAUCUCUAGCCUGUCUCAUGGCUCCAACUUCUCGCUGGAGAAUACCUUGCUUGGGUACACCGUCAACGGGCUGACGUGGUGCGGUAAAGAAACAGUCAACGGGGACGGUAUCAACUACGAUAACUGCCCAUCAUUUGACGACCCAAACUGCAGGAGCUCCGUGUCUUCGGUGUUCUGGACGGAAGCGUCUAAGACGUUUGCAAUGCAAGCUACAGGGUCCGUUGAUGUCUUUUUAAAUGGAAGCGACCCAAGGGGAGCUUUUCGGGAAAACAGCUUUUUCGCGACCGUGGAGCUGCCCAACUUAAACACUGCUUUGGUCAACCGAGUUAACAUCAUCGUUAUCCACAACCUGUAUGGGCCAGUUAUAGAUACCUGCGGGACGGGGACCAUUUUGACCCUACAGAGCCGUAUUGAAGACCGAGGAAUGGACUGGUCGUGCGACGAUGACCCAGAGGAAACCAAAAUCAUCCAGUGCCUCCAGUAUCCUCACUCCUACGAAUGUGAACUCGGAAAUCAAAAUUAGGUGUUUCGAUCGUCUACCCGCUGCACUUUGCCAGACGGUAGUAAGGGCUAAUCUUUUUGUCACAAAAUUCGCUUAUCAGAAUUUUUCAAUUGCACGUACGUGCCACUCGCCCUGCUCACAGGGAAGUUCGACACCUUAUACAAACUAUGCCAUUCAUCAGGGAGUCCAAGAAAUUGUAUCGCUAAAAAGAUUAGACCUGACAAGCGCACUGCAUGCGAUGAUGGGCGGGAGCAACCGAAGUAUACGUGAAUAUAACCUCACUCCUUAAGUUGGGUUUCGGUACUCUUCUUCGGUGACCUUUAUGAAUAACCUUAUUUAGUUAUUGUGCUGGCCCAGAGUAUAUGCUUAAUUACACGUUGAUGUAAGCAAUAAAGCAUAAGGCUAACGGUUACUGUGUAUGCACGAAUAACUCAGACAUGCAGUUUGGCCUUUGCCAUUGGUCUACAGCCCAGCAUCAGGGUAGUUAUUGAUGAAAUAUGAAACUGCAAAUUGCAAACAUUUUCUGGCUGGAGAACAAAUUUGUGACGUGAAUGGGGGGAAAGGGGGUUAUGGGACGGAUGACUAGCUCGACCAUGAAAAUUUGAAAAACGAAGGGGGGGGGCGACACCAGCUGACACUAGAGGGCGACGUUCAUGAUACAGAUGUACACCUGUGUAUUACACACUUGCAGAACUGUAGAUCAAAACUGAACGUUCACGUUUUAAAAUUGGUCUCCUUUUAAAUGGUCUCCUGAGUGCUAUUGAUCCAUGUAGACACAGUAACAAGUUGGUCGAAAUUGAACAAACAUUGUGGGCCACUGUAGACAGCUUCCAACUUUUUUUGUUUUGUCCAUGUAAUUUAUCAUUCCAUUUUGAGGGAUUUCAGCGGUCGCUUGGUAUGGUAAUCAGUAGGGAAUGAUUCAUAUUAUCCCUUAUGUUUAUGUUAAAAGAUUGAAACAUUAUUCUCUUUAUGUAAUUGCCUGAUAAUAUUCACAUUAGCCUUGAUUUAUGUAAUUAGUCCCGGUUUUGUUCCUUAAAAGAAGAUACAGUAUUUCAAUUUUGCUCCAGGCGCAUAUUGUAGUUCUAACAUUUUUAAAAAUGUUUUUGGACCACCAAAUGCCAGUUUUCAUACAUAUCUAUAAGUCAAGGAUAUGAUUUUUUUCAAGUUGGGGUUGAAUAAGCUUAUGGUCUGAAUAUAAUCGUCUUACAUAAAUACACACACAUGCAUUAUUGCACGGGUAUGCACGUGCAUACGUCAAAAAUCAUGCAUUGAUUUUUCGUGUCAGUUUAAAAUUCUGGUAUUUUUACGUAUUCAAUGGGUUGUGUGACAAUGGAACAAUAUUUUCGGGCACAAAAACGGUCCCUUUGGAAAUUCUUAUAUAUUUUCCCUCUAUUUGAAUGCAAACUGAUGCUUGUUAUUAAUUUAGACUAAUAAUUUAAGUUAGACAUGCUAGCUUUUCCUCUCAUAGUAUGUACUGCAUGCGUUAUUCAUUUUUCAGUCGGAUUUCUAUCAUUCAGGAGUGUAUCAGGUUUUAGGGUCUGAUGGGCAUUUCUAUCCGGAAAAACGGUUCUAAUUUUCCCCUCCCAUGUGCAUGGUGUGGGAGGUUGAUAGAACUGGCCACACUCCCUGAAUAAAAAGGAACAGAAAUAAAACAGUUUGAAGUUUCUGUGGCUGAAAUUUGGA